CACUUUUCUUAGAAGCAGACACGGGUUACACUGCAAAUGGCAUAACAGGAACCGCUGCACAGGGACACGUGGCUGCCAAGGAUAGCUGUAAGGCAAUACCAUCCUCCUAGGCAAAACCAGCAAGUGUGCUCAGUAUUGGAGAGAAAACCUGGGAAUGCUUCAGAUCAUGCACUCAGAAGGCUGGAAUCUUGUCAACCACGUCCUGAAGAACUAACAGAUGACAACCCAUCAGACUACACAGGGGAUUUUAUUGCACCCAGGCUGGAAUUAUCUCAAGGAUACUACUGGGGGGGACAAUGAACAACAACACUGAGUGCCAUGAUGAUCACACCCUGGAUAAAUAUUUGUUUCCCUUUGUGUACAGCAUUGUGAUGAUGAUCAGUAUUCCCAUCAACUGCAUAUCCCUCUAUGCAUCUUGCAUUCAGGUGAGGAAAAAGAAUGAGUUAGCAGUCUACAUCUUUAGCCUGUCCCUGGCUGACCUUUUGUACUCUUUGAUCCUGCCUCUGUGGAUUGAUUAUGCCUGGCAUGGAGAUGACUGGAGGCUCUCUGCCUUGCUUUGUCAGAUUUUUGCCUUCCUUAUGUAUAUGAAUUUCUACACCAGCACCGCAUUCCUUGCUUGCAUCUCUAUUGACAGGUACCUGGCAUUAGUUCACCCCUUGAAGUUCCAGUACUUGCGCACAAGAAGAUUUUCAUUGAUUGUCAGCAUAAUUGUUUGGCUUCUGGAAAGCAUCUUUAAUUCAGUCAUAUUGGUGAACAAAGAAGUAUUCAAUGAUCCUUGCAAUUUCACUAAUCAUACGUUAUGCUAUGAUAAUUACCCCCUGGAAAGGUGGCAGGCAAACAUAAAUUUAUUCCGGAUAUGCUCAGGGUAUUUGGUCCCUUUGAUAAUCAUCAUAUUUUGCUACCACAGAAUUUACCAAGUAGUGAGGUAUAACCAAGCCACAGUAGAUGAAGAAAAGAAAAAAGUGAGGAAACUUAUUUUGAACAUCACAGUUAGUUUCAUUGUUUGCUUCACUCCUUAUCAUGUUGUAUUGCUUAUUCGCAGCAUCAAAGAACCUUCCAUGUCUGACCCACACCUUUUGCUGUUGAUGUAUAAGGUUUACAGAUUCACACAGGCCUUAACAAGUUUGAAUUGCAUUGCGGAUCCCAUUCUGUACUGCUUUGUGAGUGAAACUGCACGAACAGAGAUAGUGAAUUUGCUCAGGUAUUGCUUGUGCCUGCGAAAACGUGAGGAAGACCAAGUGAAAGAACAUGCUCUAUGUAGUUCUGCUACAAAAAGCACUGCACUGAUCACCUACAGAACUUCCAGUGUAACACAGACUGUCAAAAAUUCCUGAAUGAGCACAUGCAAAGGAAAAUUGGAUAACCUAAAAGAAAAAGAAAGAAAAAUUCUUCUCCAGUCUGUACCUAGGAAAUGCCCCAAAAGUCAGACAUACCAAUCUAAGUGAAACCAGUAGCUGGAGCCAUAUAGGGUCAAUGUAAUCAAUGGAGCAUCAACACAUAUCUUUCAAUCAGGUAUGGUAUAUAAAUCAAUGACAACAACGAAACACAUAGUCAAGAAGGAUGGCUGUGACAUGCUGACGGAAUUACUGAGGAUCCCCCACAGAACUGUCUCCUGUUGCAGCUUGCUAGCCAGCCUGCUGCAAUAUACUUAGCUGGAAGAAGGCUGAAGUCCUCUUUGUCCUGAUUGGCAAAGGAGCAGACAGAGGGAGUGUGGUAAAUUUCUCUAUAAUUUUGUGGUGUAAUUUAUGCUGCUAUGAUGGUUCCUGUGUUUCAUUAAAGGCUCAAAUUCUUCUUCAGCAUACACCUGAGAUCAGCCACUUCUUAAAAUUGUUUACUUUUUGUGUACAGGUACUUACCUGCCCUUAAGCUUUUGUUUUCUUUGAAAAAUGUAUGUUCUAAUGUAUAACUGCAUGUCAUGCAUUUUCAUUACAGUACCAGUAGUGGGUUUCAGACAGUUGAAGAUUCAUUACUUCAAGUGCCUAUAGAGAAGAAAAUUCCAGCUACCAGUGAUUUAACUUGGAUGAAACUUUUCAUUAUACAUGCAGGGGUGGAAGAGAGGGAUAGAAAGGUGAGGUUUCACAUCUCCACAGCAUAAAGGGCCAGCCUUUAGAGUUGCUUAUAUGACUGAAAUCUGGAGUGUGGUUCCAUUUUCAGACUCAACAGAGCAAGGUUUGCAUCCAUUUACUUAACUGCACAUGGAGGCCUCAUCUAGAGGUUCCAGGGCUCUCAAUCUGCCAGUUUUAAAAAAUUAAACAACAAGCCAGGCAGAAAUACUGACAAACCAGGUGUUUGAACAUGAAUGCACCAAAAAACAGUAAGAAUAGAAGCAAAAGUACCCACAUUUUGAGAGUUGAUGUUAGCACAGAUCAGAAGUGCAGCUGUUAAUCCAGGGACCUGUUCAUAUGCAGGCCCCAGAAACAGCUGCCUGGCUCCCUAGUUCCCUGUCCCACCCAGACACCUGGCCCUCUGAAAAGAGUUAAAACAUGGAAAGUCUCUUUUUUCUCCUCUCACAACCUUUUUUACUUUUGCUCAAUUCCCAGGAAAAAUAUUUGGUUAUGGUGGUUUUUUAAUUGCAUGGGGAAAGAAUUUUUCUUUCCAUCAAAAAAAAAAAAAAAAAAAUCUCCCUCCAGCAAAUUUGUGUUGUGGAAAGAUUUUGACCAGCACUUUUCAGCACCUUUUUAGGUCUGACAUUAUAUAUGGAGGAUGUGCAUAAAGUGGUCACAAGUAAUAAGAUAUUUCUUAUGAGAAUAUUCCUCUGUGUGUAAAUUAAAAAUUUCUCCAUUGCAAAGAA